AUGACCCUAAAGUUCUCUCCACCGACCGUCACUAUAUUCCAAGACUACGCUUUCAGUCUUCUAUGGGUAGGGGGCUGGUGCCUAGACCUAAAAUUCCCCCCAGGGUUUCAGUUUGGUGCAGCUACAUCAGCGUAUCAAGUGGAAGGUGCUUGGAACGUCAGUGAUAAGGGUGAAAAUAUAUGGGAUUCUAUGCUGCAUAGUAAUCCAAGUUUAAUAAGCGAUGGUAUGAACGGUGACGUGUCCUGCGACUCCUACCACCAGUGGAGAACUGAUGUACAGAUGGCUCACAACUUGGGAUUACAUUUCUAUCGUUUCUCAGUAUCCUGGAGCAGGAUUUUACCGACAGGAUUCCCGAACAGGAUAAGCGAAGACGGAGCAAAAUAUUACAAUAAACUAAUCGACGGCCUGCUGAAGAAAGGAAUAGAGCCUGUAGUAACACUUUACCAUUUCGAUCUGCCUCAGAGUAUACAAACCCUCGGAGGCUGGACUAACCCCCUAAUAGCUGACUGGUUCGCCGACUACGCUCGCAUCGUCUUCAGCCUCUACGCCGACCGGGUCAAGACCUGGAUAACCAUCAACGAGCCACUAAUAAUGUGUGACCACAUUUACAACCUGGGCAACGUUGUCCCGAUGGUGCACGAAGAGGAGCUUGGGCCUUUCCUGUGCAACAAGAACGUCCUUCUGGCGCAUGCUAAGGCUUGGAGGAUUUAUGAUGAGGACUUUAAGCCGCAAUACAAUGGUAAGCUUUCAAUAGCAAACAACCCUAUAUGGCUCGAUCCAGCUUCAGAAAAAGAUGAGGAGCUGACAGAACUUGCGAGAGAAUUCGGAGCUGGCCGUUACUCGGAUCCCAUUUAUUCCGCGGAAGGCGGGUGGCCGCCAUCCAUAGAGAAGAUAAUGGCGGAAUAUAGCAAAAAGCAAGGCUAUCCUUAUUCAAGGUUACCCUCGUUCACUGACGAAGAGAAGAAACUCAUUCAAGGCACAUACGAUUUCUACAGUCUGAACCACUACACAGCUCGUCUAGUACGAGAAGCACAUAAAAACGAGACACCAGGACCCUGGUUCGUCGCCGGCUCGAAGGAGCUGAAUGCUGUAUUGGAGAUUGAUCCGACAUGGGCGUACACCGAUUUAAGUUACCUAGCGGUAGCACCGAAAGGCAUUCGUCGUCAAAUCAAAUGGCUUAAAGAUCGCUACAACAAUGUCAGCAUUUUAAUUACGGAAAAUGGCUUCGCGACACGCGACCCAGAUUUGUAUGACACCGGGCGGAUCAACUUUAUACGGGAUUAUUUGAAAGAGAUAUUGCUGGCCAUAAAAGAAGACGGCGCGAAUGUGAUUGGCUACACAGUCUGGUCGCUUAUGGACAACUUCGAGUGGAUGUUCGGAUAUUCGUUGAAAUUCGGUCUAUACUCAGUGGAUUUCAAAGAUCCACAGCGCCUACGUGAGCCACGUGCCUCCGCAUUCUUCUAUUCGAGUGUUAUCAAACACCACUCCCUGGACAUACCACACUCAUCACAUCAAUACCAUCACUUGAAAAGAAAGAACUUGAUACAAGAUAAAACGUCAGCUACGUCUAGGAUUAGAGUUAAUUGUGAAUUAAUGCUUAUAUACACGCUUAGUUUAGCAUAUAUUUUAGUAAAAACAAUGCUUAUCACAAUGGUUUCUUUCCAAGCAGUUGUUUUGUGUGCUCUCUUCACGCGGACGUGGGGCAUCGACCUGACCUUUCCACGAAACUUUAAAUUUGGAGCCGCGUCAGCUGCGUACCAAGUCGAAGGUGGAUGGAACGCUGAUGGCAAAGGUGAAAGCAUAUGGGACAGAUACGUCCAUGAGCACCCAGAGGUGAUCAAAGGUGGUGCGACUGGUGACGUGGCUGCAGAUUCCUACCAUCGGUGGCGUGAUGAUGUGCGAGCCGCGACAAAGCUGAAACUACAGUUCUACAGGAUCUCAAUAAACUGGCCUCGUAUUUUGCCCUCGGGUUUUACCAACGAGAUCAACCAAGCUGGCGUCAAAUACUACAGCGACCUCAUCGACUCUCUCCUCGAAGCGGGCAUCGAACCGAUUGUAACUCUAUACCACUGGGAACUGCCAGUGAAGAUCCAAGACCUUGGAGGCUGGGCCAACCCGCUUAUCGUAAAAUGGUUCGGAGAUUAUUCAAGAGUAAUAUUUUCGUUGUACGCCAACCGCGUCAAGACCUGGCUGACUAUGAACGAACCCGUCGCCGUCUGCGACUACGUAUACAACUCUGGUCUCUACGCUCCUGGAGUUAAGGAGCCAUUCUUCGGACCGUAUCUGUGCAAUAAGCAUUUGAUGCUUGCACACGCUAAAGCUUACAGAAUUUUCGAUGAGGAGUUCAGACCGAAAUACACAGGGAAAAUCUCGCUCGCGAACAACGUACUGUGGAUAGAGCCUCUGACCGCUAACGAUACUGAGCUGGCACAACUUGGCCGGGAGCACCAGACCGGAAGAUACUCGCAUCAAGUUUUCUCGACGAAGGGCGGCUGGCCGCCUUCCGUUGAAAAGGUGAUGUUGGAGUACAGUCUGAAACAUGGAUUCAAGGAGUCCAGACUGCCCCCAUUCACUAAAGAGGAGAUCGAAUUUAUGAAAGGUACAGCAGAUUUCUACGGAAUGAACUACUACACCACCAAUCUGAUUAGACGAGCCAAACCUGGUGAAGAUUACGGUGUUUGGUUCUUCACAGGAUCACCGGAGCUGGACGCAAUUUUAGAAUAUCCGCUGGACGCGUAUUAUGGCGAAUCUCCCUUACUUCCGAUCGUCCCUAAAGGCCUCCGCAAAGAGCUGGCGUGGUUGAAAGAGCAGUACGGCGACAUCGAUUUCCUCAUCACGGAGAACGGUCUUUCCACGAGCAGCUACAAUCUCGCAGACUACGACAGAGUCAAAUAUAUGAAGGAACAUUUGGAGCAGAUCCUGCUCUCAAUCAAAGCGGACAAUGUCAGCGUGAUAGGAUACGGAGCUUGGUCUCUCAUCGACAACUUCGAAUGGUUGGGAGGAUACGGGACUAAAUUCGGUCUAUACGAAGUAGAUUUUGAGCAUCCUAAUCGGACCAGAACUGCACGCGCUUCCGCGUAUUACUACAGUUGUAUCAUCGAAAAGCGAUCUCUGGACGUCCCGGAUUCCUGCUUCAAGAAGAACUACCCCGUUCAUAAUAUCAGAACAAGGGAAACGGAACCAAAAAAAUGUCCAAACAGUGGCUAUGUUUUAACAAACAGUGGACACUGUUUAAAUAUUUUCCCCUUAGCAUUAAGUUUUAUAUUAAGCAAACUAUAG